AGAGAGAGGAGCAAGGCAAGGUGCACCUCUCGAACACACCUCAGUUGGCUGCCGGCUUUGGUAAAGGAAGGUUGUCGCACGUCUCCACACACGAUGCGGCUGUUGAUCGUAUGCCUGGCAGUGGUGUCGGCCUCAGCGCUCGACAUCAGCGGCGGCCGACGCGACCCGUGCCGGAGCGUGGAGUGCCGUGCGGGGCGGGAGUGCAUCGUGGAGGGUGGCGUGGCACAGUGCCAGUGUGUCGCCACCUGCCCGGACCGCUACCAGCCCGUGUGUGGCUCAGAUGAAAGGACCUAUGACAACCACUGCAGCCUGCACCGCCACGCCUGCCUCACGGGCGAGCACAUCAAGGUGACACACAAGGGCGUCUGCAAGACCCUCAAGUUCACCAAGAAGAAGAAACCUGCCGUCAAGAAAGAAGACCCAGCCGUGUGCUACAGCUCCCAGCGCGACGCUUACCUGUUGCUGGUGGGCAAGAGGUGGCGGGACACCCUGAGUGCCCAGCCAUGGCAAGUGGACGGUAUGACCUUCAGGGAGAGUCUCUGGGGCCGCUUUUACACCUGCGACAAGAAUAAGGACAACUACUUGGAUUCCGACGAGAUGCUGAACUGCACCUCCGACACAGUGUUCAUGGCGAGACCCAACCAGGACCACGACCUCACCAGGGCUCUGUGUGUGGACGCCAUCGUGGACAUGGGCGACACAAGCAGGGACUGGAGGCUUGACUUUGAGGAGUUCACCACUAUCUUCACCCCAGGCUACCGUCCUCCACAGAAACGCUGCUCCCUUGAAGGCAAGAAGUACGUGGAUGGCGAGGACGUGCAGGUGGAUGGCAGCCUCUGCAUCUGUGCGGUGGGCAGCUGGGUGUGCACGUCGCCGACUGACGCCAGCACGCCCAAGGCCACUAAGAAGCAGCAGAAGCAGCAGCAAGACUUGCUGGACCAGGAGUUGCUCGCCCUUAACGAGCUGGAUUACGACGAGGGCCUGGACGACGAGGAGUUCCUCAUCAACGAGGAGGAGGACGAAGAGUUUCUGGAGGACUUGUUCGACGAUCUCCUGGACAAACUGCACGACCACCGCCUCAAGAACAAGAAGCACCACCACAACCGCCUCUAGAACCGCUCGCUCUCUAUUAUUAUUCCUUUCCCCAAAUGUAGUCUCUACUCAUACUACCACGCGGCAAUAGUGUUGUUACGCCGCCGUGAAGCAUCUCUCCCUUCCUCUCUCUCCCACACUCACUCUCACGGUGCCUCCAGUCACACACACACACACACACACACACACACACACAAAUGAGUUGCAUGUGAUCGGGAGAUUUCUUUGUUUCUUUAAAUGAAGUGAAAUAAUGUUAAUUUAUCCUUUUAUCUUACAGUUUAACACAUUCUCUUCUCUCUCGUGUGGAGUGUGCAGCAGACUCGUGUCAGUCCUGCCAGCUUGCAUAAAUGCUUUAACUUGCGCGCCAGCAUUAGAUACUCUUAUCAGAGGAUAUUUUAUCUACUCAAGUAGCAUUAUACCUUUUUAUUAACAUGUCCAGGAUUGCCUCAUCAGUUGUUUCCUGCAGCCAGUGUGGGCAGGAAUGAUAGGAGAACACGUAUGUUUAGACAGCUGGUGUGAUGAUGGUCUCUAUAAGGCAAGUGUGACUGUGACAAUGUGACAGUAACUUGAGAACGUGAUGGAUAGACGGACGGACGGACGAGGCCACCUCAGCAACAUUGAUAUGGUGUGUGACAUGGUAGCUUAGAAAAGAAACUUAUAUGUAUUGUAACACGUGGUGUUUACUAUUGCUACUUGUUUGAUCUAAUACAAAAAGUAAAUAUU